UAUACGUUUUGUCGCCCUCCAUGUCAACCGGAAGGAGACGUGUACUUUACUCGUGGAGAGAAAAAAAAUAUGACGCUUGUAGUUUUGUUGACAAAAGUUGUUCCUAUCGACCCAUAUGUACGUCAGCGUGCCGUCAUACGUGUCCUGUAGAUAUUGUAGCUUAGUAUGGGGCAAUGGUUGAACGCCAGGUGGCGAAACACAAUGCUGAAGAGGAGAACACAGAAGAGACGAAACGGACAAGGUUGACGGAAAAACGAGCGAAGAAAAGAGCCAUGGUACGACUGGCAGCGAUACGGCUUGUGCUGUGUCUUCUUGUGGGACUCUUCUUCUACAUCGUGAAAGCGUCUAGGAGUUCCCACUAUGCAGUCAACCCCAGUGCCCGUCUCUUCCACCCCAUGUCACCUGUACGAGAGUUCAGAUCAGGAGAUGUGCAGACCAUGAGGAAGUUGGUCGCACACAGCGAGUUGUCCAUGGUCAUGUUUUAUGCACCGUGGUGCGCAGAGUCCAGACUGGCAGCUCAGGAAUAUGUAGAGGCUGGGAAGGAGUUACACAAAGAAAUCUUCUUUGCAGCCAUCAACUGUUGGGAAUACGCUGGCGAAUGCAGGAAAAAGUUUGCCUUCCAGAAGUUUCCAAAAUUCUUCGUUUACAACUCGAGGCUGGAAGGGAUUGAAUACAACGGUCCCGUCACUACAAAACAUAUGGUGAAGUUUCUGCGUAGGGUGGCCUCACCAGUGACUUAUGUAAGAAACCUGGAGGACCUGGUCUUCUUCUGUACACUACAAGAUACAGGUGUACUUGCCUACUUCGACUUCAGUGGAUGGAGACCAACACUUGGAUAUCUGCACUACUACCUGGCAGCACAGAAUGCUUUGGAAAUAGAACCAUUCCAUGGUGUCAAUUUUGGAGUCAUUACGAGUCUAGAGGUGGCGGGACUGGUAAAGAUCAAGGAGCCACGAACUGUGGUGAUGGUCAGAGCACUCAAUGAUACACUGGUGUAUCCAGAUACCAGGAAUUUCUCCCAUCAAGAGAUCUUGGCCUGGGUAGAAGAGAACAAAGUUAAGACAGUGCAGUGGCUCCCCCUAUCAGGAAUGAAAAGUCUGCAGCUGUCCACAGAGCUGUAUGCAGGACCGUCUCUGUUGUACUUCACCCCUGACAACCCUGAUGGGGAAUCCACUUCUGUUGCUAUGUUUCGGGAAGUUGCCAUGGACUAUUUCAACUGCAAUGACUCGCAACUUGUACGCGACUUGGUCAACAUAAGCAGGGAAUAUCGCAAAAUUUUACGCGGAUCCGAGGAACCAACCGAAACACGCAGCAACUGCGAUAACUCGAAUACAAACAACCGCAAAACUCUGUCCUCCAAAAGUUUGUCGUCGGUGAAAAGUGCUCACAGUUUGAAUGCUGUAGGAGAUUCUUUGCAAACUCAGGGUAAAGAUAAUAUAGAUAGCAUGGCAUACAGUAAGCCAACAUGCAAACAGGAAUUGCAAGGAGAUUGUCCAAAUCAGUGCAAAAAUACGCAGACCUACGACAGUGUAGCUAGAAACGUAAAAACUUCUCAAACGGAGUGUAACACAGUACCUACCGAGAAGAGCUGCUUGUAUUCCAAAGAAUCAAAUCUUAGACAUUCCACAAAUGGAGACACAGUGCAAUCUGCGAGCGAUGAGGCAGUGGACAUUGAAGGGAAAGACGUGAAUAUCACGGGGCUCGGAUGCAGGACGAACAAAAGCCUGGGCUUUUACCUGCUGGACUCUAACUCUCAGUGGAGCUUUGCAGAGAAUAUGGGAGUGAAAGAGACAGAUGGAGAAACAGAAAGCAUUGUCAUAGUGGAUGUGAGAAAUGAAGUCCAGUUUGUCAUGGAUCCAAGUCUAACCAUAAAUGAGACAAACAUAGCUGCUUUCAUCCACAACUUUACGAGAAGCCAGCUCAGUAGACACCUCAACACAGCUCCUCCCCCUGUGAGAGUAUGUCUUCCCAAUGCCACCCAGCCAUGCGUGGUGGAAGUCACUGGAGAUACAUUCCAUGAUGUUGUGUUAGAUGAAACAAAGGAUGUUUUGCUGCUGUACUAUGCCCCGUGGUGUGGAGCAUGUUCUGCCCUGUCACACAUAUGGCUGGUGUUGGCUUCUUACUUCAAAAGGGCUUCCAACCUAGUCUUAGCAAGAAUAAACGGUGACAAGAAUGAUCUUCCAUGGGAAUUCACAGUACCUGCCUAUCCAACAGUCAUCUUCUUCCCUGCAUUAAGGAAGGACAUGAGUGUGAAGUAUCCUGACAACCUACCCAUGACCUUGCCCAACCUUGCCGAGUUUGUCCUUGCACACGCACGGAGAAGGAACAGGCCAAGGUCAAAUAUAACCGGCCACAAGGUCACUCCAGACUGCCAGGAAAAAACUGAAGCCAGCAACUUAAGGAUACAGAGCCUUGAAAGAGAACUCUCAAGUAUGAAGGAGGAGAUAGAAACGUUAAGAACGCAAGCGCAAAAGUUACAAGAUGCUUUUCAUAUCGUGAAAGGGGCGAAUAUCCGACUAAAUGCCGAAAACAGGGAGAAAGAUCUCAGAAUAGAAGCCUUAAGGAAGUCGGAAGCAAAACUGAAAGAAGCGUUGAAAGAGAAAGAAGUACGAUUGCUUCAAGCGGAUGUUUUUAUGAGGGCUUUGCAAGAGGGUAGCGUGAAAGCAACCUCUGAAAAUGUUCUUUUAAAAAUGCAGGUGAGCGCUUUACAGCAGGCUUUGGACAGCAUUUACAAUGUCAUGGAAGCAGACAAGAAGCAAAACCCAUCAGAAAAAAAGGACCCAAGACAUUCUGUUGAUGCUGCUAGCCCUCCCACCCCUGUAAACAGAAAAGACAGACAAGGAGAAGGAUCAUCGCAAGUACAAAAAGAUUCUUUAAAAGAUGCUCCUCAGUUUAGAAAGGUUGCACAGCCAGUGAGGGAAGGUGGGAGACAGAGAGAACAUUUUCACGUUCACAGUGCGAGGGGGAAGAGAAGAGAGGACACUGAGGGAGGGAAACAGAGAGUGUCUGUGGUUCCCACAGCUAAGAUCCAGCACACACAGGUCCUCCACACACAUGAAAACAACCAAGAAGAUUAUACGUGAUGAAAUGCUGCUAUCUGUCCAGUAAAUUAAAUUCACAGUUCUUUAUGUUAGUCCAUGAUGGUGCUUUGUGUGCAACCAAGACU